AUGCAGAUGCUUUUACCACUGCUGCUGAACUUUUACAUUGGAGGACUGGCCAACCUUGCCAACCUAGUCGCCCAUCAGGUCAUGGCCCGUGACUUGACCUCAAACUUCUUUGCCCACGGUCCCAGACCAGCUGAUGGCCCCGCCUGGGCCUUGAUUUCUCUGUCCAAUCGAGCCAGCCCAGCCAGCCAGCCAGAAGCAGCACCGUUGGAAACCAAAGCCAACCCCCCUUCUGUCUCUCCCCCAAAGCACCAGCCGGCAAGCCACGCAGGGCAGAGCAUUCCUGAUUCCCACGCCCGCCGCCCGCCCAUCCUCCAUCCCGUUCGAGGCCCAAGUCCAGAAGCAGGGCCGCCAGAGAGACGCAAGCAGGGUAGUCUCAUGCACGCUAACCCCAAGAUGGAAAGUUCGGUAUCCUCCCCUGUCAGCACAUCACACACAUCAUACAGAGCCUCCCCCUCCGCACUCAUGAGGCGCAUGUCCCGUCCCGACGCCGUCGCCUCGCGCGUCAAUAAGAGGACCGCCAGGUCUGGAUCCCUUUCCACCGCCGGCUCCCAUCAUGUCGCGGGAGGUGCCCUUCGUCGAAGCAGGGCUACCCUCGUCAGUAGUAGCAGUAGCAGGUUAUCCUCGUCGUGUCUUCCCUUUAGUCUCGUCAGCCGCUCCCGCCUGCUGUCCACCAUCGCCGCGCUGUACGAUGAGGCCGUCGCCAUGACCGCCCACCCUUACCAUGAACCCCAAGACCGGGACCCUCCGUCCUCCUUUGCCCGGAGGGUAGGCUGCUUCCGUGCCACCACGGCGAGCAGUGCGUCGUCGCCGGACUCCAGCAAGCAGAGCAGGAGGACGUUUACAGACGAGGAGAAGGAGAAACAAAGUCAAUGCUCAAAAGACAGCCCGUGUGCGCCAUGUCUGUCAUCUGCAGUCAAGGGGUUCGAGCGCCGGGUCUUAUCCUUCUGUUACUGUGUCAGGACGAAAUUCGUCGAUGUGAACAUCUUCCAAGGUGACGGCCUAGAGCAGAUGAUGAGCACGGCGCACCCUCUAGCCCACAAGAUCUCCACGCUCGCGACCAGCGACCCGCACCUCAACGGCGAGGCCAUCGACGAGACGAUCGGACGGUGGCUCACGCAGCCCGACUUCAGCGUCCAGAGCGGCAGCCUGGUCGGCCUGCUCUGCUCGCGCCAGCUCUUCGCCUCGCUGCGCGCCACCGUGGACGACGACUUCGCCCACGACUUCCGCAACUUCCUGCUCUCGACCUCGCUGGGCCACAACCGCUGGGCCGACCGGAGCCUCGGCCACGCGGACCUGUGCAGCGUGGGCCAGAUCUCCGGGUACCGCAUCUUCGGCCGCCUGGACCGCAUCCUGACGCCGCAGUUCCUCGGGCGGUUCCCCAACGACCGGGACGCCCACCGCGCGCUCUUCCUGGUGGUCCUGGGCCUCAUCCUCGGCCUGGGCUACACGACGGAGCUGACGACGGGGAGCCCGUCGUUCCCGCACGAGCGGCUGCUCAGCGCGGACCUGCAGCGCAGCCCGACUCUGUGGCUCGCCAUGAAGGAGCACCUGUGCCAGAUGCUGGCGCACCACCUCAUCUUCCUCGGCUCCAUGCUGGGCAUCAAGCUCGAGACGGCGGUCGAGCAGCGCACCAUCGAGUCGGCGGCCGACCGGUGGUCCAAGAUGGAGUCCUUUGUCUGGGGCAGCGUCGUGCCCGCCAGCGGCGCGGCAGACGCGGCGGCGGCGGCAGACGCCAAGAUGUCUCCUCCUGCCCCGGGAGGAGGACACCACCACCACCACCGUCGCCACGUCGAGCCGAGCUCGCUGGUCCCCGUGGCGGUCCCGGAGCUGCACACCUUCGGCCAGAUGGACGCCAACCCGGACUACUACGCCGACGCGGUCGAGGUCCCGCCCAUGGACGUCAACGUCGACUACUACGCCGCGACCGCCGCCGAGGACCCCUCGCCCCCCUACCAGACGAGCCGGGAAGUCGGGCUCGAUGAUACGCAGCCGCAACCGCAACCGCAGCACUUGCUGCCGCUGGAGAGCACGACGCCGCGGACGACGCCGGGCAGCAUGGCGACGACGACGAUGAUGAUGCCGCCCAUGGCGCCGGCGCCGCUGCAGGACGCGAACCCGGACUACUACGCCUCGACGGCCGAGUUCUCGUCCCUGAGCCAGGCGCCGGCCUUCCUGCCGGCCUUCACGCCGUUCCCGACGUUUGGCGAGACGAGCGUCGACUACGGCGCGGGCUACGGCGGCGCUAUCGGCGGCGCGGACUAUCCGCCUGCCAAAGGUGAGCUACACUUACCACAACCUGUGAUAUACACACAUGAAACUAACACGUUCUUUCCUACUGCAGAGGACGCUUUCUUCCGCAAGUCCAAGCGGCGGUCUGUCUGGGUCGUGCGGCCGCUCGAGAGCGGCACGGGGCCGGUGGGCAUGGUCAACGUGCACGCGCGGUUCAACGUUGGCCAGAACGAGGGCAUCGGGUUGUUUGUGUGA